AUGUCCCUUCGCAUCCCUCAGAUUCCCCUUCAGCUGGCCACUCAGUUCAGACCUUCCGGGGUUCAGCUGUCGUUGGUGGAGCACGGUUCCUCACCUAUCUCCACAUUAACCACUUCAGUCCCAGUUCCAGAUAGAGCACAGCCGUUUUAUUCGACUGUCUCACCGUCAAACGAGCCAGCCAAUACAACUACUGCCCAGUCCGCCUUACCCUCUUUCUCCUCUUCUAGGUUUACUCAGGCUACAACUAAUUUCCCAGUCACUGGCAACCAGUUUCAAAGCUCACCAGUAGGGAAGGACAUUGACAACAAUAUCCGAAUCUCUAACACGACCAGUGGACUCGAGAGAACUUCUUGUUUUGACACCAAUUCUUUAUCUCCACUUCCGCCCUUUAAUCGCGGUACCCAGGGCUCCUGGCUCCGAGUCAUCCCUCCUAAAGAGACUAGUUUGUCCCAGAUUCCUGCAGAGGGUGCCUGUAGGCCAGCUCUACCCGCACAAAGUGGCCCUUAUCAGCCUGGCUUAGAGGCCGGCGGAGCCAACGUGAAGAAAGAGUCGGCCGGCGGCAUAGUGUUGGCGUUCACCAACGAACCUGCCAGAAAAGACUGUCUUGAAGACUCUCCGUCUGCUGAAUUCUUGCCAGGCGCAUCGCCACCAGGCCAGAUAUCUUUCUCCUUUCCUAGACUAGCUUCACUCAGCAACAGUUUGCAACCAAUUGCACCUGCUCUCGCGGCUUCCUCCAGUCUUUCUCCACCUCUUCCUCCGCCUCAUUAUCCAUUGCCUUCACGAGUGCCUUCCCCCUUUCUUGGCCCAUUUGAGCCCUGUUGUCAGCACUCCGAUAUCGCUGGCCUUCCAAUCGGCUUUUCGGGCCUAUUGUCCGGCUCACAUUCAGGCAGUCCCACUGGUGGCCCGGCAUUCUUCAGUAAUCUCCAUCGUUUCUCGCCUGGCUACGGUUCAACAAACCCUACCAACCUAGCACUUCCUGCGCAUCAUCAGCUUGGCCUGACCUGGCCAGCGAAUUCGCUUCAUUCUCUAGUCGUACCACCCGUUGCUAUUCAGCCUCAUCUUUCUACAAUUGUCCCUCCACUUCCAACACCCGCAUCUUCCGCGCUUCAUUCUCUGCCUCAGUUUCCAGGUCUUUUUCCAGGUUUCUUGACUUCAUCUUACGGGCAAACACUAGCAGUUCAGACGACAGAUACCCAAUCCACGGCAUCGAACAGGAAAACUAACUCACUCCACUUGCCUGCAUUGCAGACUGCCGCGACGGUCUCCGGACAGAUAACACCUUGUGAUAUCACCCUCAUUCCAAUCAGUCCAGAGGCAAGUGAUAGGUGA